AUGGCGGAUUCUGGUUCUGGCUCUGGUCCAGCCAGCUUCUUGACCCGAGCCAAUGCCAUACUUCGAAAAAACUUAACCUAUCAGAGAAGGAACAUAUGGAGUAAUGUUCGACUCGUCAUGAUCCCUUUCUACCUCUGCGUAGUUCUUGUGUGUAUUCAAGCUCUGGUCGAAUCACAGGUUAAUAACUCAGUGGAUAAUCAAUGUGGAUGUGCAUGUAUUGACAAAAGUCACAAAAUUGGAGACGGUAAAUGCGAAAUCAUCUGUGGUAUAGAAUAUUCGUCUAGAAAGCAAGGAGUCUUUUGUGCCAUCCCAAAUCCACAACCAUGGCCUCCUUUGAUGCUAAUUCCGCGUCCUCAGACUCGUGCUAUCAAUGCCAAUUACACCGAUAAAUCGUGCAUGCGGAAAAAUAAUUGUCCUGUAACUAUACUUUUCACUGGGAAUAAUCAAUCCCUUUCAGAAAUUUUAUCUCGAAAUCUUCUUAGGAGGUCUUUUACAAUGAACUCCUCUGACCUCUUGUUUACUUUAGCGAAUAGCGUGUUGUUGGCUACAACAUUUAAGGCAAGUGCCACCAAUUAUCUUGAUGAAGGGAUUGUCUCGGAUACUAGCAUAUACAAUAUCCAACCUCGGUGCCCUCCAAACUCUACGUUUCCAUUCUCAAUCGGACAACCACCUCUCAAUAUUACCAAAGAGAUGAGAUGCGUUCAAGGAUUGAAUCUUUGGAAGAAUAGCUCCAAAGAGAUCAAUAAUGAGAUUUUCAAGGGUUAUCAGAAAGGAAAUUCUGAUAAGGCGAUAAAUGAGAUCGCUGCAGCAUAUGAUCUCUUGGACACAAAUACUACUAACUUCAAUGUGAAUAUAUGGUAUAACGCAACAUACAAGGAUGAAAAAAGAAAUAGGCCUAUUAAGUUGGUCCGAGUUCCACGUUUAGUCAAUUUGGUGUCAAAUGCUUAUCUUCAGUAUUUGCACGGCCCGAGGACAAAGAUAUUGUUUGAGUUUGUCAAAGAAAUGCCGAAAUCAGAAACUAAACUUCGUUUAGACAUUGCGUCUCUAAUCGGUCCCAUUUUCUUCACAUGGGUUGUUCUUCUUCUGAUGCCUGUGAUCUUGACCUCAUUGGUGUAUGAGAAACAGAAACGUCUAAGAAUCAUAAUGCAAAUGCAUGGACUAGGAGAUGGUCCAUAUUGGAUGAUUUCCUAUGCCUAUUUUCUCGCCAUUUCCACGUUAUACAUCAUAUGCUUAAUGAUAUUUGGGUCAGUAAUAGGACUGAAGUUCUUUCUGCUUAAUGACUACAGCUUCCAGUUCAUUUUCUAUUUUCUCUGCAUAAAUCUGCAAAUCUCUCUCGCCUUUCUAGUUUCCUCAGUAUUUUCAAAAGUUGAGACAGCAUCAGCUGCUGCUUACAUAUACGUGUUUGGAUCUGGGCUCUUGGGCAUGUUUCUCUUCCAGUUUCUAAUCGAAGAUAUAUCGUUUCCCAGACGAUGGAUUAUUUUCCUGGAGUUGUAUCCCGGGUUCUCUUUAUUCCGUGGGUUGUAUGAGUUCUCUCGAUAUGCCUUUCGGGGAAACUUGAAUGGGAGGGAUGGGAUUAAGUGGAAAGACUUCGGUGAUAGUACAAUGGAUGAAGUAUUCUCUAUAAUAAUCAUUGAGUGGUUUGUUGCACUCGUUGCUGCACACUAUAUAGAUAAAAUAUCUUCAUCCGGAAAAGACCCUUUGUUUCUCUUGAAAACCUGUUACAGGAAAUCUCCUUCUCCACAAAGGCCUAGCUUGCAAAAACAGGUCUCUGCUGUUUCCGAAGAAAUGGAGAAACUAGAUAUUGCUCAGGAGUGUGAAAAAGUUAAGCAACUGAUGCUUGAGCCGAGCCCAAGGCAUGAGAUUGUAUGUGACAACCUGAAGAAGGUGUAUCCUGGUAGGGAUGGAAAUCCGCCAAAAAUGGCGGUUCGAGGGUUAUCUCUUUCUGUGUCUUCAGGAGAAUGCUUCGGCAUGUUAGGGCCCAAUGGUGCCGGGAAGACCUCUUUCAUCAACAUGAUGACUGGGCUUGUGAAACCAACAUCUGGGACAGGACUUGUUCAAGGUUUGGAUAUAUGCAAUGAUAUGGACAGAGUAUACACCAGCAUGGGCGUAUGCCCGCAGCACGACUUGCUCUGGGAGACGCUUACAGGAAGAGAACAUCUGCUCUUUUAUGGGAGACUUAAGAAUCUCAAAGGCUCUGAUCUCGCCCAAGCUGUAGAAGAGUCUCUUAAGAGUGUGAACCUAUUUCACGGAGGAGUUUCUGAUAAGCCUGCUGGCAAAUACAGCGGAGGUAUGAAAAGACGACUAAGCGUGGCCAUUUCACUUAUUGGGAGUCCUAAGGUGGUUUAUAUGGAUGAGCCGAGCACAGGUCUUGAUCCAGCUUCAAGAAUGAACCUAUGGACGGUCAUCAAACGUGCAAAACAAAAGACUGCAAUAAUCCUAACUACUCAUUCAAUGGAAGAAGCAGAGUUUCUUUGCGACCGACUGGGGAUUUUUGUAGACGGAAGGUUACAAUGCAUAGGGAACCCAAAAGAUCUAAAGGGAAGGUAUGGUGGAUCUUAUGUUUUGACGAUAACAACAACAUCAGAACAUGAACAAGAUGUGGAAAUGUUGGUUCAAGAUGUUUCUCCAAACGCCAAAAAGAUAUAUCACACCGCAGGGACACAGAAAUUUGAGCUCCCAAAAGAGGAAGUUCGGAUCUCGGAAGUGUUUCAGGCGGUGGAGAAGGCGAAAAGCAAUUUCAAAGUGUUUGCUUGGGGACUUGCAGACACAACUCUUGAAGAUGUUUUCAUUAAGGUUGCUAAAACUUCCGAGUCCUUUAAUGUCUUUUCUUGA